AUGGCGCUGUACCAGUCGGCUAAGGAGGUUGCUAAUAGAACGACCCAGAGCCUGGCCGAGACUGCGGUGUGGAGCGGCCAGCUGAUCAAGGAUAAAUGGCGCAAUCACAAGCCCACGACCCUGCUGGGAUGGACGGCGUUCGUGGGCGCCGCGCUGCUGACCAUCGCAACGGUCAGCUCGGCGCUGGUGGCGCUCUCUGCCGUGCUGAUUGCCACGUGCUGGGUCGGGGUGUUCGUGUACGCGUUCCUCGUCUCGGUGUCAACGGUGGCGGCCGUGAUGGUGGGCGGCAGCACCCUCUUCUUCGCAGGGACCUGCGCAGUGUGCGGCUUCACCAUCCUGUCAGCGGCCACCUCGGCUUAUGUCGCGCGUUCGGUCUAUCGCCGCAUCAAGGCUGCGACCUACAGCUACCUUGACUGGCCUGCUUCCCCUGCCGUCGCGCCCAAGCAGCAGGCAGCCCAGCCACCCCAGGGGCGUCUGGCGGCACCUGCCUCGGGCCCGGCAGAGGCGGCUCCCCAGCAGCCAGCGCAUCCUGUUACGCUCCCUGUGUCAAGCUCCUCGCCCCCAGUCCCAGGGCCUCCCAGCCCUGCACCUGGCGCGGCGCGCCCCAGUGCUGCAGCCGCAACAGAGCAGCGCGAGCCGCUGCUCGCCAAGGCCUCGCCCAUCGACGCUUCAGAUGCGCAGCCAGCGGCGCUGUUGACCCAGCUGCCCACCCCCCGGCCAUCGUCGCCCGCGUUGGGGGCGUACCGCGGCUCGCCCAACCGGGGCGCGACAGCUUCGCCGCCCAAGCCCGCGCCACGGUCACCUGCGCCCACGUCAGGCGACAGCCUGCGCCGCCCGGGCGACCUGCGUUUGCGCGGUGCACAGCCAGUCAAACCGGCGAGCAAGCGGGACCACAUCUCGCCGGCGGCAAGCAUGGCGAGCCCGACGAGCAUGGCGAGCCCUUCCAACUUGACCAGCAGCAGCAGCCGCAUCGACGCCGCCCAGGAGCUCGUCGCAGUCUGA